AUGUCAGCAGAAGGUGUUAAGAGACCAAUUCAGAUUGAAGAAUUUAAGGUAGCUAUCAGGGAAUUAUCUGAUGGAGAUUUAAAAAAGGUACAUAAUGAAAUCAAUAAUAAUAUUAAACAUUUGAGUAGGUCAAAUAAGAGACUACUAGCGUAUAUUGCUAAGAUCGAAGGUAAAACUACGAAGGAUGAAAGGGAUGAGUUUGAAGAAUUGGAUAAUGUGGAUGCCGGUGAUCUAGAGUUAUUCGAGGAAUCUCUUAUGGAAAAUCAAUUGAUUCUUAAAAAUAAUAAUGACAGAGUGGAUGCGUUGGAGCAAGAACAUAUUUUUAGAACUUCUGGUGCAAAUAUUAAUUCUUCUGGUGCAAAUCUAAGCUUGAAUGAGACAGCUCCAACAUCUACAGCAAACGAACCAACUUCGAUAUAUCUAUGA